AUCAAAUAUUACUGUCAUCUGUCAGGACUCUGCUAAUAAUUUCGUUGUUUUUCUUACCGAAAAUUGAAAAAUAUUUUUUUGUUUUCUUGAACGAGAAAAAAAAUACUACGCUUUGAUUUACGAGCUUUUAUCGGACUCUAAGAAUGCUUUUAAGAAAAGUAAUUGGUGCUGAAGUCAUUUUAGGUCACAAAAUAUUUACUAGAGCGAAAUCAUCAUGGGAUAUUGUAGCAGGUGUAUGUGUAGAACGAUUACCAGUUAUCACCCCACCAUUAAAUGAGCUUCAAAAGAAGUUCAAGGACUUUCUAUGGACAGUUGAAAUUGAGAAAAGCCUUAAGUCGGAUCACGAAUUAAGACAUGAAAAUGAUAAGAUACAAGCAGAGCUUCUUAAAAAUGAAUCUGUGGAUGUAGAUUUAGAUACAGUGAGCAAAAUAACUGCUCAGGAUUUUGAAGAUUCUUCCUCUGAUGAAUUGAAUCAGUUCAAGUUUGCUGAUAUUGUAACUGAAGGAGAUAAAAAAGGAAUCAAAAGCACACCUGAAAGAUGUCUGCAAAGGCACCUGGUGUUAGUUACUCAUCAAAAACUCGGAAAUGAUGUUAAAACUAUUUUACCACAAGGAUUAUGGAAAGAAGGAGAGACUCUACGACAGACUGCAGAGCGAAUAUUGUCAGAGCAGUGUGGUACCGGAUUAAAAGUGAAGUUUCUUUCAAAUGCGCCAUGUGGUUUUUAUAAGUACAAAUAUCCCGCGGAAAUCAACGGCAGAUUAGGUGCUAAGGUAUUUUUCUAUUACGCGAACUACAACGAUGGCGAAGUCGACAAAAAGUCCAAACCCAAUUGGUUAACAAGAAAUGAAUUAGCAGAAUUAUUACCCGAAAAGUACAAUAAAACAGUGCAAAGCUUUUUAAUAGAAGAGACAUUUUAGUUUGUUGUGUGUUUUAUCUUAAUUUUAUUUGUGUAAGUUGGUAAUUAAAUUAUAUAGUUAGACAUU